AUUAAAACAGUCGCUAACGCUGUACAUUUUAAUUAUUAGUGAAAACGAAAUAUACAAUAUUGUAUACUGACAUUAAUGUUAUUAUCCCAAUUAACAAAACACGAGACCACAUUUUAUACUGACACAUGUGGCCUGUAGUAAGCCGAGCAGACCGAGCAAAGCGCCCCCACGUAAGCCGAUUCGCGACGAGUUCAUCACCGCGCCUCGGCACACGUGCCCCCACACCAAUUAAAAGCUGCGCACGUCGGCCAUCGUCGCCGUCGACCACCACCGAACCAAACCAAACCUCGCGCCAUCGAUCACCUCCACCUUCCAUUAACUCAGCCGCCCCCCACCACGCCUCGCUCGAUCGCUCGCCGCCGCCGCCGACGACGACCUUGCUCGCUUCUGCCGGCGGCGGAGGUAGUUGUUGAGAUGGGGAACUGCCAGGCGGCCGACGCGGCGGCCGUCGUUAUACAGCACCCGUCGUCGUCGUCGUCGUCGUCGUCGUCGUCCGGGAACGGAGGAGGCGGCGGCGGCGGCCGCGUCGAGCGCGCGUAUGGCGCGGUCUCCGCGGCCGCCGUGAUGGCCGCCAACCCCGGCCACUACGUCGCCGAGGUCGUUCGUCCCGUUGCCACCGCGCCGGCGGCGACGGCGGCGACGGCGUCGGCGCCUGCGGCGAGGCGGCGGCUGAAGCUGCUCCGGCCCGACGACACGCUAGUGCUCGGCGGCGUCUACCGCCUCGUCACCUUCGAAGAUGUGCUGAAGCAGUUCGUGUCGAAGCGGAACGCCACGAUGAGCCGCGCCACGAUCGCCACCGCUGCCGAGGACGACGAUGGUCACCGGCGACAGGGUCACCGCGGCGGCGAGGCGGCAGCGGCGGCGCCAGCGAAGGUGGCGGCCCAGUCUCGUCAAGAGAAUCCAUCCAGCCCAAGCCCGACCGAUGAGGCCCGGCCUGAGCCUGAACCCGAGCCCGAGCCCGAUCUCGUAGCGACGGCCAUGGCGCUCGGCGGGAGGAUGAGCCUCUCCCGGCACGGGCAGUGGAGGCCGGCGCUGCCGAGCAUCGCCGAAGGGAGCGUCCUGUGCUUUUAAGGGAGGGAGAUGGCUGACCAAGUGACCAUAUGUUCAAAAUAUGUUACACUCUGAUCUGCAGAGCUUGCUCACUGCAGCCGUGGGUUAUAUUAGCUGUCGUGUUAUACGAGAGUCUCUGCAUAUAUUUUUCUGCCCUGUUCUGUUUGAAUUUGAAUCGGAGUUUGUCAGUUUGAAUUAGUCAUGGCAUACGUAGGAGAUAAUUGUUUUUUUGUGACGGUACGUUUAACACACAUGUAUGGACCUACUUCUUGACUUGUAAUUUUAUUUUAUUUUGUCGUCA